CAUGUCAUCUUACUCUUUGCUUUAAUCUAUGGUGCGAUUUUGCAAAGUGGAGUAGUCAGUAAAAAUUGUAAUAUUUGCAAUAAUUUAAAUAAACAAAAUAUAUUUCUAAGAUUUAUUUUGCUUUAUUGCGUCUGUAAAUUAAAACAAAAUGGGCAAUGAAAAUUCAAUUCCUAUGGAACUGUGUUCAAACUCCCGUGUUAACUGCCUUGAUUUUAAGGUGGAGAACUUCGACGCGGACGAGAUCCGGCGGCUGGGCAAGCGCUUCCGGAAGCUGGACCUGGACAACUCGGGCGCGCUCUCCAUCGACGAGUUCAUGUCGCUGCCGGAGCUGCAGCAGAACCCGCUGGUGCAGCGCGUCAUAGACAUAUUCGAUGCCGACGGCAACGGGGAGGUGGACUUCAAGGAGUUCAUCCAGGGCGUGUCGCAGUUCAGCGUGAAGGGCGACAAGCUUUCCAAGUUGCGGUUCGCGUUUCGCAUCUACGACAUGGACAACGACGGCUACAUCUCCAACGGGGAACUGUUCCAGGUGCUCAAGAUGAUGGUGGGCAACAACCUGAAGGACACGCAGCUGCAGCAGAUCGUGGACAAGACUAUCCUGUUCGCGGACAAGGACGAGGACGGCCGCAUCUCCUUCGAGGAGUUCUGCGACGUGGUGGGCAACACCGACAUACACAAGAAGAUGGUGGUCGACGUGUAGGCCUCACCCGGCACUGCGCCCGCACACCUCGCCACUUCCAUCCGUCUGCGGUUUAACUUAUGCCCACUUACAAACAUUUCAUUUGUCACCAAAAGAUCCUCGUCGUUCCGCCAUUUAUAUGUUGCAUUCAGUGCAGGCGGUACUACAUACAUACAUACAUACAUACACAUAUGAGUCUCAAAUAGUCGUAAUGUACUCACUGAAUUUAUUAUCUAAUAUUUUGUUUUACUUUACGGAAAUUCAAGCGAAUCUUUCCUUAAGUAAAUGCGAGGGGACACUUUAGUGCGGUGUAACACUUGCGUCACAUCAGUAGUACAAGCAGCCGCCCCACGGCACCCCGCGACACGUCGCGCCGCCCCGCGACACCCCCCGCGCCGCCCCGCGACACCCCGCGCCUCUCGGCUAUUAUAUAUAAUGGUCAUGUACCAUUUUUUAAUCAGAACUAUUUAAUAUGGUUUUACUGAUAUUUUAUAUAUUAUAAUACAAUAUUUCGUGAAGGCGCGCGGGAAAAUGUUUGUGUAACGUGCAGCUAGCGGGCGACACCUCGACCUCCACCACCACCACCACCAGCAGCAGCAGCAGCAGCAGCAGCAGGCCGUGGCGCGCGCUCAUCCAUUAGAAUAGUUUUAUUUUAGGACUUGCAUUAAUUUACUACAUUUUUAGUAUAAUUCAGAAACCACAUACGUAGACAAAUCGGAGAUGUAUUUUAUUAUUUCGUUGAGGUAAUUUUAAUCAGUGUUGUUAUUUAGUAUUUUAUUUGUCCGGACGUCGGUCGACCCGCGCCCGCGAUAUCCUCGCAUCUGUUGAUAUCGCAUGAUAUGUAUGAGAAGUUCACCCUCCCCUCCCCUGUGUCCUCCACUCAUUCAUUCCAUCCUUAGUCAAGUGGAAAAGGUUCUCCGGCGCACUCGCGACUUAACAGAUAUUUUAAGUACAUAUUCCAAUAAGUUGAAUCGAGGGACAAACCUGUACCUGUAAUAUGUUAGUGUAGUUUGAUUCCGCUCGAUCCAGACCCUGUACCGACAUCCACCAUCCUUCCUAAGUUCCUCCCCACGUCCUCACCUUGCUCCUGUCCUUGUCCGCAGGUGUUGUGUGCGCUGCGCUGAGGCCGCAACGCCACCACCCCGCCACCACCCCGCCUCGUCCCCGCACAACCUACGUUACAAUCUAACCCAGGUUACACAACCUGUUACUAUGUGUGGAAAAUAAUAAUAACAGUAUUGGACGCAUUCAUGUUGUGAGUUUGGUUAGUGUAAGCGAUCAAGUCGCGUCACUGGCGUGUCAAACCUCGCUCCUCGCUAGAUUGUUUUUAAAGCAGAGUAUUUUCAAUUUAAAUAUCUAUUUUAAAAGUCAGGUUGGUGACUUAGAUUACAUGUUCAUGGACAACAGAUAAUAGAAAGCCAAUUGAAAUGCACACACACAGAAUGUAAGACGGGGUGCUGUGCGAGCGGGUCACCGCCACUCCUACAACUAUUCUCAAUUGGAACUGAACUUAAUGAGUCUUAUUAAAUUUUCAAAUAUUA